GAUUGGCUAUGGCGGAGGGGCAGCGAAGAGAGGUUUUGCUCGACGACGACACGCUCAUCGCCAUUUUUCGGCUGCUGCUGCCGCGAUCUCUUGCCAGAUGCGCUGCGGUCUGCUCCCAAUGGCACAGGCUAGUAACUUCACAGCUCAUGAAAGACGCAUGCAGUAGACAUGGGGGUUUAGUGUAUAGCGAUCCCUCGCGCUGCAAAGAGGCUAUGAUCAGAACGGAGCAGUUUGAUCGACUUUUAAAAUGCAACCCGAGAGUUCUUUCUUCUCAAGCUCACUCUGGCAGAGUGAACUGCUGUCACUGGUCGAUGGACACACUUGCAACAGGUUCCAGUGAUAAUACUGUUAGUGUUUGGUCGAUGGAUUCCAUGCAAUGCAUGGAAGAAUACAGAGUUCCAGAUAGCGUCGCAGCUGUUAAGUUUGAUGGAAGCAGAAUAUUCGCAGCGGCUGGCAAGGAUGUCCACAUAUGGAAACGUGGGAACCGCGAAACUCUUCGAGUUCUUGGAGGUCACAACCAACGCUUGCAUUCUAUGCACUGCAUCGAUCCUGAGUUAGCGGUGGGCUGUGCGGAUGGCACAGUAAGGAUUUUCGACAUGUACACUGCUCGCUGCUCGAUGCUCUUAAGGCACCACACGGAAAAGGUAACGUGUAUCAGAUCUUUAAAUAAGCCCAACGUACUAGUUAGUGGCUCCUAUGACUGCUCCGUGCGACUAUGGGAUCCUUUGUCGGGGGAGAACGUUCGAAGCUACUUUCCGGCUUCUUCAGCAGGCAUUUCCUGUCUUCAUGUGGGAAAGGACAGGAUUGAGCUCAUCGUUGGAACUGUCUUGGGCGACAUAGAUUGCUUCGAUAUCCGAGUCGGAGGCAGGCGGCCUUUGUGGUCUAGGCGCAGUGGUAACGGUCCAAUCAACAGCAUCCACUGGCCAACCUAUACACUCGACAAUUCAUGCAUGAUAAAGGCGAUUCUGAUCGGGGGAAACGAUGGCAAGCUGCAUCUUAUCAAUAGCGACACCGGCCGCACCUUUCGUACGUUUACGCGCGAGAGUCACUCUUCUCCAGUUUUAUCAGCGAGGCUGGGACAUACUCGGUUCGUGUCAUGUCAUGCCGACGGCACCGUGACAAGGUGGAUAUUUGAUCAAGGACGUACCCGCGUCGGCUUGGCCAUCUGCCAAGCGUACUAGAUCUAAUCAACUUCGUUAUCAAGACAUUUCAACAGAACAUGAAAAUCCAGAGACUAGUCCGCUGCAUUGCUUUCAAGCAAAGUUUCUCGGCUUUUCCGGUCUUUGGAAUGCGCAUAACUUUCCUGGAAUCCUCGAACCGCACGACUGUUGUCUAGCAGCCAGCACCAGGUUCUCGUUUUCCUAGCAAUCUCUAGCACCUAUUUUUUCUACUCUCCAGAUGUGAGCGAGACAAUGGCUUAACUUGAGUAUAAGAGUCGCAACAUGCAUUGAAAUAGCCAACGCUCAACGCUCAAACAAUUAUAUGGGUACGCUUAUGAUCCGCCUUGUCUAAUAGAUCGACUAAGUUACUGCC